AUGGAGACCGCCCACAUGGAGAAUGUCCUCGACCACACCAAGAACGCCGACUUCAUGGAUACCGCCGCGUAUUACAACGAUCCCCUCUCUGGGCUCGAUUACCUCCAGUACCCGCCUCAUUCCCCGUUUGGCGUUUCUUCUAUGGGCCUCCCUCCCACGUCCUCUCCUCGCAGCUUCAGCUCGCUCCCGCUCUCCGGUGGCCUCAACGAGUACACCUACACCUCUCCGAGUGGCAACUACAGCACGGGCUCUCCAGCUCGUCCUUACACGCCCACUACCAUCUACCCUAACGCGCUCUCCAACUUGAGCGCUGGUGAUUUGUCCUCGGAUAGUGUCGGUUCGACCCGCAGCCGUCGUGGCAGCGGUUCCCACUCUCCUGGCCCCUCUGUCCCCCCUGGUUCGCUUGCGGCAAUCCCCAGGUCGCACCGCUUUAACCCUCUUGGCGCCGCUGCCACCAUCCGUGCUUCCGCGCGCCAGCAGCAGCAGAAGAAGCGUUCCAAGGCCUCUGACGAGUUCGCAAGCGACGACGACGACGACUUCAACCCGGCUCCCUCCGCCGCCAACAACGACAUGCGCCGCGAGGAGAUCCGUCGCCAGCGGAUCGAGUCCGAGCAGCGGAGGCGGGAUGAGCUCCGUGACGGCUAUCGCCGUCUCAAGGACGCUCUCCCUGUGUCCAACCAGAAGUCCAGCAAAGUUUCCUUGCUCGAUCGGGCCACCACCCACAUUCGUUACCUCGAGAUGACCCAACAGCAGUUGCAGACGAGACUACAGCAGGCUGAGGCCGAAACCGCGCACCUCCGUCACGUCAACGAGGCCCUCAUGCUCGGCACCGCAGAGCAGCGCCAUGCCGCCGCCGCCUCUGCUGUCGCUGCCGCUCAGGUGCAACAGCAGAAUGUCGCCGUCGCGGCCGCCGCUGUCGCCUCCGUCAACAAGUACUAAACGGCCACGUGCGCUCGUCCCCAAAAGCUCGACAUGCGCGUCCGGACGCGCCGAGCAUGCCCGCUGUAUUAUCUAUCACGAUUGUAUCAAGACCCCUCAAGAGACUAUUCCCUGCCUGGAUGCAGAGGACGCUGACGACCACACGGACUAUCACACAUAUUCUCCUUUUACGCAUUUUUAUUCACUUUAUUACACCCGGCAUCACUUUGUCUCCCUGUCGCAUUUUUCUCGCAUUGUCGCAUCAUUCCAAUCCACUCUCCCC